AUGCUGGGCAACAGAACGUCAGCUCACGCGAUAAAACGCAGCGCAUGUGCCUUAUCGUGGAUUACUCGACGUGUUUCACCUGCAGGAUCCGCACAGCCUGCCAAACGUGUCUCGCUGCCAUGUGCUUGUGCCAGAGAGCCUGGUGUAUCCAAAAUAGUAGCCUGUGUCUGGUUUGCAGUGCUAAAACAAGCGGCCGCUUUGGUUGUGGUUGCAAAUACGAUGCAUGCAGCUGAUCAGCAAGCCGUCAGAGGAAGCGGCAGUAACAAGCUGUACCCUUAUCACGACAUCGCCACGCCGACACGGAAACGACUCGUCUUUCCUGGCAAAUGGUCGUCGGGUCAACAUAUCUGGUAUUCAAGAGUAAUUGCAGCCAGUCCAACGCAGCAGGCGGCCGUGCAAGAGUCUCAGGCAUCCCGUGACGGACGGGAUGAUGAGAACGUGCGAUUGAGCGAUUUGCUCGCACUGGCACUCGCACCAAGCGGUGGCGCCAAGGCCGGUACCGAAGCGAGUCGCGUAGCAGCGCUUGUUCGGCGAUCUAUGGCUCCAGUAUCCCUUUCACGGAGCGAUCGGCCUUAG